GCAUCCGGGGCUAGGUGGGCUGGCUCUGGACCCGGAGAGGCAUGGAGGUCCACGGCGAGCCCCAGGCCAGCCCGAGCUGUACGUCGUCCGCCCCGGACAACUCCGGGGUCUCGGUGUCCAAGGAGCUGCUGACUGCGGGGAGCGGCGGCCGCGGAGGUAUUUGGGACAGGUUGCUCAUCAACUCCAAGCCUGAUUCCAAAAAGACUUCCACUCUUCAAACAGUUCGGAUAGAGAGGAGUCCCUUGUUGGACCAAGUACAGACCUUUCUCCCACAGAUGGCUCAGGCAAAUGAAAAGCUAAGAAAAGCAAUGGCAGCUGCACCACCUGGUCGUUUCAACAUUGAAAAUAUCGAUGGGACUCUUGGAAAAGUUAUACAAAUGGAUGUGGCCUUGUUUGAGAUGAAUCAAUCUGAUUCAAAAGAAGGGGACAGUUCAGAAGAGAAUUCACAAGACAGUUCAGAGGACAGUUCCGAUUCCGAGGAUGAAGAGGACAGCUCUGAAGUCACCGUAGAUAACAUUAAGCUUCCUCAUUCAGAAGACGGAAAAGGCAAGAUAGAGGUUUUGGACAAUCCGGCCUGUGAGAAAAAGAAAUAGUGAAAUAAAUGAUCUAAGAGUCA